AUCCUCCUUCCUCAAUUUGCAAUCGCUCCCUGCGUCCAACAUGACGAGUAUAACACUUCGUCGCCACGACUCCCCCGGCGGCAAGACUAAGCAAAUUUCCGCCGGAGUUUUACGAUCAAUUACAGCUCUAUGGUUGAUCUGCGCCAAACGAGCUAUCAUAGCUUCUCGAAAGCUAAAGGAUAACUCAAAGAUCUCAUCAGACUCGCGCAUGAUUCAGUGGCCGAAGAAACUCAUCGCCACCAUAAGCAACAAGGAUAUGAAGUUUGGCCGCCGGAAAAGCAGAACCGGAGAAUCAGGAAACACGAGAGGUGACGGCGUUGCAGACGAUGGUGUGUGGCAGAAGGAGAUUCUGAUGGGUGAUAAAUGUCAGCCGUUGGAUUUCUCCGGUGUAAUCUAUUACGAUAGAGAUGGCAACCGUAGAGACGAGCUUCCCAUGAGGUCUCCACGCGCUAGCCCCUUUCCUGGUUACGUGGCAAAGUUUGAUUGGAGCCCACCACAUGAACGGUAAUUUACUAAAUUACUGUUCUAGUGAUUCAGAAAUUACCGUUUUGGUGAUACGGUUUCGAAUGUUGUUAUAUGAAAAUUUGUAACUUUCAGUGACUCGUUUUCUGAGUGGUGAUCUUUGGGUAUUUUUGUCA